CGGGAUGAUGACCGCAAUGAAAGCGAACGGUCCAAUGAAAUCGCGUGCAUUAGAAAUCACCAAGGAAAUCCUCGGCUUCGCCCCUUAUUUGCUUUAUUAAAGGACGUACUCCAGCUGUGUACAGUAACAGUAUCGCAAACCCAGAGCUGUGUGUGUGUGUGUGAGAUCAUGGAGAAGAGUUUGAGGUGUGUAAGCAGUAAAGCGGAGCGGUUCUGUUACAUUACACGAGUGCAGAGUUUCAGCGCGUGCCAUCGACUGCACAGCAAAUCUCUGAGUGAUGAAGAGAACAGGAGAAUAUUUGGAAAAUGCAACAAUCCCAAUGGCCAUGGGCACAACUAUAAAGUUGAGGUUACAGUACAAGGAAAGAUUGACCAAAACACAGGAAUGGUGAUGAACCUCACUGAUCUUCAACAGUAUAUAGAGGAGGCAAUCAUGAAACCACUUGACCACAGAAACCUGGAUCUGGAUGUGCCAUACUUCGCAAAUACCGUCAGCACAACGGAAAACCUGGCCGUGUACAUCUGGGACAACAUGGUCAAGCUUCUUCCACCUAACAUGCUCUAUGAGAUCAAGGUGCACGAGACGGAUAAAAACAUAGUCGUGUAUCGAGGGGAGUAAAGUAGUACUUUUUGCUGAGGUCUGUAAAUUUUAGGCUGUAGGUCAAUAGAAAGAAGUUGUAUGUCUUAGCACUUUAGAUUUUAUUAGAUUAAAGUAAGUAGAGCACCUGCUGUGGCCUACGCAUCAUUGGAUUAGCGGCAAUGAGAAUUUGGCUCAGUCUUCUAUCAAAUUAGACAUGGAGAUUAUGAGAGCUGUAAAUCUUUUUUUGUAAUUUAGCAAACACGUUGUUAUGCUUUGAAAGUUUUACUCAACUCGCCCAAAUGAUGUUGUCCGGGUUAAUGCUAGUGUAUACUGUAGUAUAAUAUUGUAUAGUACAAUGUAACAUUUUAACUUUAAUUUAUAUUAUUCCUUUACCAAAAUGUAAUUUUAUAAAUAGACAACAAAUCUAUUUACAGAUCUACAGAAGUUUUUAUUUUUCAUAAUUUUUCAUUAAAGGCAUCAUUCUCAUUACCACAAGGGGGCGCAGCUGCAGUGUGCUAAAGUAUUUAAAAACGAUUCCCC